AACAUGAAAUAAGGAGGACGCUCCUACCUACCACUGUUAAAUAACUCAACCUUUAGGUCCACCUUUGGCCCAUCAAAGUUCCUUCGGAGUACAUGGAAGAGGACGUGGAGGGGGGUAUGCACGACGAAUAACUCAGCAGUGACAGGUUAGAUCUUACUCUUGGAACGGUGACCGAGCAAAGACGUCAAUUGGACAUGGCUGGGUACAAGCCGAAGGUGAUUUCUCUGACCAAGAGGCCGGGUCAAACCUUUGGCUUCUACUUGAGGAUAGAGCACGAUGAGGAGGGUCACCUGAUCCGCUGCCUGGAGAUGGGAGGUCCGGCUGAGCUGUCGGGCAUGAAAGAUGGGGACCGUGUCCUUCGAGUGAAUGGCAAAUUCGUCGAUGGGCUUUCGCAUUCUGAGGUGGUGGAGUUGGUGAGGAGCAGCGGGGCCACAGUCACCUUUCACACUCUGGAUGAAGCUUCUUACAAGCAGGCCAAGAUGCAGGGGGUCAACCUGGGGGAGCCUCACCGCACGCCAGAGGUUAACAGUACCAACCAGCACGCCCCGAAACCAAGACUCUGCUACCUGGUCAAGUCCGGCUCGGACUAUGGCUUCUCUCUUCGUUCAGUCAAAGGCGAGCAGGGCGUGUUUGUGUCGGAGGUGGUGCCAGGCAGCGUGGCGAACCGGGCCGGCGUCAAGCUCAACGAUCGCUUGGUGGAAGUGAACGGCGAGAAUAUCGAGUUGUACAAGCACGAAAAAGUGGUGGACAAGGUCAAGAGAGCGGGCGAGAGCCUCAUGUUUCUGCUGGUGGACGACGAGACUGAUCGGUACUUCCGCAACAUGAACAUGAAGGUCACCUCUCACUUGGCCACGACCAUGUGCCUCCCUUACGAGCCUCGCAUUGUCAACUUGACCAAAGCGCCCGGGGGAUACGGCUUCUUGCUCAAGGAGGAGACCAGCAUGAGUGGACAUGUAAUCACAGAAAUUGACAGAGGCAGUCCAGCGGAGGGAGGAGGUCUCAAGGACAUGGACAGGUUGGUGGCUGUAAACGGACAGCAAAUGGACAUGAGAUCCCACGAGCAAGUGGUGGACGCCAUCGGGCAGAGCGUCAACAAAUGUUGCCUGCUCGUGGUGGACAAGGACACUGACCUCAUGUAUGCUCAGGGUAAAGUGUCACCGAUGCUGUUCUGGGAGGAGAAGAAGGACUCUCUUUCUCCACCCAGUUACUCUGAAGCUAUCACCUUCCCCGUCCCGUUUAAGCCACCCAUACCCGCUCAGGAGAGGAAGAAAAAUGACGAAAUAGAGCUUAAACCUAAAUUGUGUAAAAUGGAGAAGACGGCUGCCGGAUUCGGUUUUCAUCUCAACGGCAUCCAGGGUGUAUUGGGACAGUACAUUAAAGACGUGGUGAAAGGCGGCGCCGCCGACCUGGCCGGCUUGAAGGAUGACGACAUUGUGGUGGAGGUCAACGGGAAGAAUGUGGAGCAAUGCACACACGAGGAGGUGGUGGACAAAAUCCACGGCACGGGCAACUACCUGGAGAUGCUGGUGGCCACCAAGAACGUCUACGUACAGCUCAAUGCCAGAGGGACGGCCAUCACGCGUCAGCUGCUCGGCGAGACGUCGCAAGCACAAGUCCACAGUGAAGAUCAGGAGACUGCACCAGUUAAAGAGAGGACCUCUUCUGUGUCUUCAUCUUCAUCUUCUCAGAGUAUGGAUGAGAGACUUUGAGAAACAACAACAUAUUAAAUGUUCUUUUUUCCUAACAAUCCUUGUCAGCGGAUUACAAAAAAAAAACAUUUAUCGUCACCAGUACUACAAUUUUUCACAUGACAUGUUUACAUGUUAAACUUAACUAAUUUCAACAGUUGUUUUUUUGCAAACACCAAUUUCAAGGAAAUU